AUGCCUGUGAGUGCAUCAAGUUGUGCUGUAGAGAAUAAUAACAUGAUUAUUUUGGCUCUCCCGCUGGAAAUCGUGUCGUAUAUUUUCAGAUUUCUGCCAGCUUCGGAUUUAAAAUGUGCAGCUCUUGUUUGUUGUCAGUGGUCUAAAGCUUCGCAGGAUCCCAUCUUGUGGAGAAACGUUUCUGUCAGUCUUGGAACACGACGAGAAAGGUUUUCCCAUCUGUUAGUGGACAGCCUUCAGAGACGCUGUAUCCAGCAUCUGAGAUUCAAGCAUAUGACAACUGCUGCUCAAAUUCUUCAAGUUUGUAAGCAAGUUGGAUCAAAUCUUAGAGAGUUGUCUCUGCAAGGCUGCAGAUGCGUCAAUGAUAACUUACUCGAGAUACUAAGUAAAUACUGUCCUAAUCUUGUACGUGUAGACUUGAGCCGAUGUAGGCAGCUUGACGUGGCAAAGAAUGUGAUUUGGUUGGACAAGUGUGCAAAUGUUUGGAGACAUUUGACUGUCUUGGAUUUGAACGCUUGUAAAGACGUAUCCCAUGUGUUUGUUUCAAAAGUAGCUGAUUUGUUGCCCAAUGUCGUGGAUUUUAGUAUUUCUGGCUGCAAGGGCAUUGGAAUUUCAACAUGGCAUAAGAUGGCGAAGAAGUUGUCAUCUCUGAAACACCUUGACAUCAGUCGAUCUGAUAUUACGGAUGAAGUGAUGCUCAAAUUUUCUCAGAUACCUGAACUAAAACUUAUAGGGAUAAAUCUAACAGCUUGCAAACAUUUGACUGAUAAUGGCAUAGUAUCACUGGUGAAAUACCAGACGUCACUUGAGGUCCUAAAACUUGCUUGUGUGGAUAUUACAAAUACCACAUUAAUCUGCAUUGGCAAAUACUUGCACUGUCUAAAGGUGCUGGACUUAAAUAGUUGCAGACAACUCACAGAUGGGGCAUUAUUGACUGUCAACGCACUUUUAAUCAACUUACACUCACUGAACUUCUAUUCAUGCUACCAGCUGUCUAACAGUGGCCUAGGAAAGUUCUUAUGCUGGACACAGGUACACUGAACUUACUCAUAUACAUUUAAUCACUCACCAGGGCCUUAAUUGUCAUGAAGGGAUUACUGUGCACCUAUCACAAUAUUGAUGCAUUCUGAUUGGUCAUAAGGUCAAAUACACUUUAUUUUCUGUUGGCUUAUGCACCCAACAAUUUUUUUGCUUAUGUUUUUGUUUUUGUUUUGUUUUGUUUUUUUUUUUAACUAGAAAGCCAUUACUUGCUUUUUCUUGAUUUAACCAGCUUGCCUUGCAUUUUCACAACAUCUCACACAGUUACCAGUCAUCUAUGUGACACUUAAGCAUCAGUGGUAUGUUUUACAUUCAUGUCUAAGAAGAAAUUCAUCCCAUAGUAGUAACCACCUCCCCUUACACUGUGUAAACACGAGCUUACAUAUAACUUUUACCUCACAGAAACGUGCUUUAAGAGGUGCUUGAUCAAGAAAUGGUGCUUGAUAUCAAAAUUUCAGAGUUUUUCUCUACAGUUAGACCUCGAUUUGUGUCCUAUGAGUAAGGUAGAAUACUGAAAAUGCUUUAUCAUGCUUUUUUUAUCUUUCUUUAAUGCAGGGUACAAAUCACAAUGUCCCUUUAAAAGUCCUUGUAUUAAAUGGUUGCAGCACUCUGUCUGAUGAGUUAGUGUUGCGAUUUUCUACAGUCCUGAUCAAUCUUCAAGAACUUGAUCUGAGCUCAUGUCUUCAUGUAACUGACAUUGGAUUGUCUGCCAUCACUAGCUCACUUAUUAAACUGCAAUCACUUCGGCUCAGUUGGUGUAUAAACAUCACUGAUAAUGGUUUGAUUGGCUUUGUUCCCUCUGAGCAAAACCUUGCUGAUGUCUGCCAUAACAAGGAUAAAUGUUCCCAUGCAGAAAAAUUUAAAAAGGAAGGAGGGACUGCACAAAGUAAGGUAUGCAUAUAGUUAAUAAAAGGGGGUAAGUUCUGCAUUGAUGGAAGAGUAUAACAAGGUAAUUUGCAUAUAUUGUUAUCAGCUGAGUUGAAAAUGUAAUUUGGCCACCGUAAAGAGUUUAAAGGCUGACAUUUCAAGCAUUAGCACUUUGUCAGAGCGAUUGAUGAAGGGCUGACACUCAAAACGUCAGCCUUUAAACUCUUUAUGGUGGCCGAUACCUUUUCAACUCAGUUGAUAACACUAAAUUACCCUGUUAUCAGUGCAUACUGUCAGCGAGGGUGGUAAAGAGUUAGUAUGUGAUGCAUGGAUUUUAUAGAAAUGCAAGCAUGAUGUGUAAAAUUUGAGGUGAGGUGUGAUUUGCCUCCUGAAGUAUAUGUGACCCAUGACUAUUUUUUUUUCAUUUUGUGAAAAUACCAAUUUUUUUCCUGAAAUCUCACACUCAAAAAGAGAGAUUUGAAGUUUCCGAAUUUAAAUCUGUGAUGCAUGAAUUGCUGAUCAAAGUGCACACAGUGUUUGAAGUUUUCUAAAAUUUGCAUGAAACAGGAUCAGAACUUCCCCUUUAUCUCUCAUACUUACUCAUGGCAAGGAAAACAUUUUAAUCCCACAUGUUUCAUUCAUAUUAAUUUUCAGAAUUUUUGUGUUUCUUCUCCAGGUACCAAAAGGAAUAAAGAACCUAGAACAACUGAAACUUUUGGACAUUAGUCACUGUACAUGUAUCACAGAUGGAGGCUUAAGAAGCAUUUGUCAGCUAAGGAACUUAACCACGCUGAAUAUAAACAUGUGUACACAGGUACAGUUUAUGGUCACAGGACUCUAAUCACUCACUUCUUUAAUGAUAUGAUGGCAAAAGAGAAAAACUCCCGGGCAGAAAAAUGCAGGGAAAAGAGUCAGUUCCCCUAUCUUCUUUCUAACCCCCCCCCCCAAAAAAAAAAAAAAUUAAGAGAAAAAAGGAAGAGUUUGAGAGACUUAAAGUUUCACCACUCAUCUACCUCCAACCUCAUUUUGGGCUAUACAUGUACCUAUAUUCAAUUUUGUUAACUUUUUUCUUGCAAAAGUAGUCACAUCCUCCACACUGUAGAAUAUGCUUUAUAAGGUAGCAAUGAAGACUUCAAAACUUACAUUAUACACUUGAUAACAAAGAAACCAAUCAUUUUCAGUUGGAGGAAUUGUUAAAUUGUGAAGCAUUCAGAUCUUUCAGGGUUAAUUUUGUUCUAGCUCUCCCAGCAUUGGCUAUUCUUGACUUUCACUUUGCUUUUGGUCACAGAUUACAGACAGUGGAUUAGCUGAUGUUGCUGAAAAUCUCCACACUCUAGAACAGCUGACAUUCAGUGGAUGUACAUCAGUAACUGACAUGGGUGUUUCCUUGGUAGCAAUUCACCUGCAGAGGCUGGUAGCACUAGAUGCAUCUAAAUGUGACAACAUCACUGAUAAGAGCGUCAUGGACUUAGCAAUACAUGGCCGUAAUUUAACCCACCUAGAUCUGAGCAUGUGCAGUCAGAUUACAACAAAGGCUGUUGAUCAGUUGGAAGAGCAUAUUCCAGGUCUUGCCUCACUACAGUUGAGAUAUUCUGGGGCAAGACUUUGCACUAAGGUGUAUGCCCUAUAGAGAUUCCAGAGUAUGUAUUUUGCUAUGAUGAUAGGUGUACAUAGUUGAGUAAGGGUGACAAACUGUACAACAAUGCUUGCCAGUUCUCCAGUAGGUUUAACCAUAUAUUGCUUGCAACUGCUAGUGAUUUGUAAAUACAGAAUGGAUUUUCUGGUUUGGAUCAAUAGAAACUAUUUACAAGCUUUAUAAACCCCCCUUUUCAAAUUGAGGCUAAUUGCAAGUCUUUGUAAUAAAAAUGAGCUGUAUUUGCCUGCCAAUAAAAAAAUGACUUCCAUCAAAAAAAAUCUGCACUUGAUCACCCUUUUUACCAG